UAAUUCCUUCACUUCACCAUUUCAUUAUCUACCUUUCACUCUCUCUCUCUCUCUUUCUUUCUAAUUUCCCGAUCACUCUCACUCGCAUCCCAUGGCUUCCACCAACGGCGCUAUGCCUUCCGGCUCCGGUUUGAUCCUCAGUUUCGGCGAGAUGUUGAUCGAUUUCGUCCCCACAGUUUCCGGCGUCUCUCUAGCCGAGGCACCAGGAUUCCUCAAGGCUCCCGGUGGCGCUCCAGCCAACGUCGCGAUCGCCGUCAGCCGACUCGGCGGACGUGCUGCCUUCGUUGGAAAGCUCGGCGAAGAUGAGUUUGGGCGUAUGUUGGAAGGAAUAGUUAAGGAGAACGGCGUUGACGCUUCUGGAAUCCGCUUCGAUCAAGGCGCUAGAACCGCCUUGGCUUUCGUCACUUUACGCGCCGACGGUGAGCGUGAGUUCAUGUUCUACCGGAACCCUAGCGCCGAUAUGCUUCUGAAGCCGGAGGAAUUGGAUCUCGAUCUCAUCAGAUCCGCCAAAAUCUUUCACUAUGGAUCAAUAAGUUUGAUCGUGGAGCCCUGCAGAUCGGCACACAUAAAAGCAAUGGAUGAGGCUAAGAAAGCAGGUGUUCUACUUUCAUAUGACCCAAAUUUGAGGCUGCCUUUGUGGCCCUCUGCAAAUGAGGCUCGUGAACAGAUCAAGAGCAUUUGGAACAAGGCCGACAUUAUCAAGGUCAGUGAUGAGGAGCUCAAAUUCCUCACCCAGAAAGAAAAGGUCGAUGAUGAAAACGCUAUGUCUCUCUGGCACGAUGGCUUGAAGCUCCUCCUCGUCACUCUUGGCGAGCAAGGCUGCAGAUACUACACCAAGAACUUCCGUGGCUCUGUUGAUCCAUUCAAGGUUAAGGCUGUGGACACAACCGGAGCCGGGGACUCAUUCGUUGGUGCUCUUCUUACCAAGAUCGUGGACGACCAAUCAGUGCUUCAGGAUGAGAAGAAGCUGAGGGAUAUCUUGAGGUUUGCAAAUGCUUGUGGAGCCAUUACAACAACCAAGAAAGGAGCAAUUCCAGCUCUUCCAUCAGAGGCUGAUGUGGCUGCACUGAUCAAGGCUUCUUCUUAGACAACACUGCAUAGAGAGAGAUUCCCCCUCUUUUUUUUUUUUCUUUUUUUUCUUUCUCUUGUUUAGAUUUUUGGUCUUUAAUUCGCUUUUCUCAAUUGAAUUUAAAGAGAAGGGUUUGUGAAGGUCGUUUUUCAAUUUUCCUCUUUUUAGACUCCUUGAGCUUAACGUAUUUUUCUUAAUAAAAGCUUCUCUACAUUUUGAUUACA